GUCAAUGUCAAACACGUUAAACUUUACGAAAAUAAAGUUUAGUUUAUUAGUAAACGUGGUAUAAUGAUUUGAUAUUUAUUGGCAUGCAGUAUAUUAUCGUUAAAUAAACAUUAUAAAACAGUUCUUUAUCUAGAUUAAAAUUUAUUUUAAAUUUACUUCUGGUGAUUUUUCGACACAACAUUUUUGCCAUAUUAUUGUGACUUGACAUAUCAAUUUUCAAACUGAAGAGUCGAUAAACAUUGUGCUCAGAAUUGGAGUGGUUGUUUUCUGCGCAUUUCGCCUUCAGCAUUAAAUAAAAGUGGUAAUUUAUUACGAUGGGUGAACGCUACAAUAUUCACAGUCAGUUGGAGCAUCUUCAGAGCAAAUACAUCGGUACGGGGCAUGCCGAUACAACUAAAUAUGAAUGGCUGACUAAUCAACAUCGCGAUUCCUGCUGCAGCUACAUGGGACAUCCCGACCUGUUGAGCUACUUCGCUAUAGUCGAGAAUGAAUCUAAGGCUCGUGUCAAGUUCAAUUUGAUGGAGAAAAUGCUGCAGCCAUGCGGCCCACCACCAGAAAAACCCGAGGAUUAAA